AUGGGUCUGACUUUGAAGAAGCCCGAGGGCGUGGCCGGUUCCACUGCGCCCGCCAUCAUUGUCGGCUUGUUUGUUGCUUUUGGUGGUAUCCUCUUCGGAUAUGAUACUGGUACCAUUGGUGGUAUCCUGGGAAUGAAGCACUGGCGUGAGGUCUUCAGCACUGGAUACGUCAACCCCAAGGACAACCUUCCUGAUGUCACCGCCGACCAGACCUCGCUCAUUGUCUCUAUCCUCUCUGCUGGUACCUUUUUCGGUGCCCUGACUGCCGCCCCUACUGCCGAUUUCCUCGGUCGUCGCCUUGGUCUCGUUGCCAGCAACAUUGUCUUCUGUCUUGGUGUUAUUCUCCAGACCGUUGCUACUGAUAUCCCCCUGUUUGUUGCUGGUCGUUUCUUCGCUGGUUACGGAGUCGGUAUGAUCUCUGCCACCAUUCCUCUCUACCAAUCCGAGACUGCCCCCAAGUGGAUCCGUGGUACCAUUGUCGGUUGCUACCAGCUUGCCAUCACCAUUGGUCUUUUGCUUGCUGCCAUCGUCGACAAUGCCACCAAGGACAGGGACGACACUGGCUCUUACCGCAUUCCCAUUGCUGUCCAGUUCGCCUGGGCCAUUGUCCUCUUCACUGGUUGCAUCUGGCUUCCCGAGACUCCUCGUUGGUUCAUCAAGAAGGGUCGCCCAGAAAGGGCUGCCAAGUCUCUCUCUACCCUUCGCCGCCUCAACAUUGACGACCCUGCCCUCGUUGAGGAGUUGGCUGAGAUCACUGCCAACCACGAGUACGAGCUGUCUCUCGGCAAGGCCACUUACGCCGACUGCUUCCGUGGUAACCUUGGAAAGCGUCUUGCAACUGGUUGUGCGCUCCAGUCUCUUCAGCAACUCACUGGUGUCAACUUCAUCUUCUACUAUGGUACUUCCUUCUUCCAGAACUCUGGUAUCAAGAACCCCUUUGUUGUCACUAUGAUUACCUCUUGCGUCAACGUCGCCUCCACCCUUCCAGGUCUCUACCUCGUCGAGAAGUGGGGUCGCCGCAACCUCCUCCUCUUCGGUGCCGUCGGUAUGGCUGUCUGCCAGUUCAUCGUCGCUAUUACCGGUACUGUCGCUGGUGUUGAGAACCUGGCUGCCCAGAAGGCCUUGAUCGCAUUCGUCUGCAUCUACAUCUUCUUCUUCGCCUGCUCUUGGGGUCCAGUUGCCUGGGUCGUUACUGGUGAGAUCUUCCCUCUCAAGGUCCGUGCCAAGUCGCUCUCCAUGACCACCGCCAGCAACUGGCUCCUCAACUUCGCCAUUGGAUACGCCACCCCUUACAUGGUCAACGACGGCCCUGGCAACGCCAACAUGGGCGCAAAGGUCUUCUUCGUCUGGGGCGGAUGCUGCUUCAUCUGCAUCUUCUUCGUCUGGGGCAUGAUCUACGAGACCAAGGGUCUCUCCCUCGAGCAAGUCGACGAGCUCUAUGGCAAGUGCUCCAAGGCCUGGAAGUCCCCUGGCUUCGUCCCCACCGUCUCCUUCCAGGAUGUUCAGGACAUGCAGGCCGACAACCGCCGCGCCAGCCUUACUGACAUUGAGGCUGAUGCUUCUCGCAAGAGGAGCGCUACUCACGCCGAGUACCCCGAGAAGACUGUCGUUUAA